AUGGCUGUUGCAAAAGCGCUAGACUAUUUGCACUCAAUUGGAGUGUUCCACCGGGACAUUACGGAAUCGAACGUGAUGGCGAGAAAACCCCAUCCUAGCACCGGGAAUCGGGACUGGGUGAUCAUUGACUGGAAGACUGCGGCAUUCAUGGCACCAGAUCAAGGUACACCCCGGUAUGGCCCCGAUGAUGUUCUUGGUAUCGGGCAUCUUCUUUUAGGAGCAGGCGUUCCUCGUCUCAUGGAUGAUGAACAUGACGAUGAACGGUAA